AUGGGGUCACGCGAACCGAUCUCGCUCCACUCGCCUUGCUCAACGCAACGGACAAACCAGCCAGUCGAAUCGAGGCUGGCCGGCUGGAGGAGGCGGCUUGUUCGUGCUCUUCCGCCUUGCGGGCAGAAGCGGCUGCAGGACGCGAAUGAGUCCGUCUGUUGGCUGCGACGUGAGAGCUGGUCGAAUGAUGUCGCUCCGGAGGCUGCCGGGCCAUGCUGGGCAGUCAAGCCGGACGCGAAGAAGCGAAUCUGCAGCUUAUCGACGGUCUGUUGGGGCCUAUGGCUUUGCUGGAACAUUCAUGCUGACGCGGUUUCCGAGGCAAUCGCUUUCGAUUCCGAUGAAAAGGUGAAAGCUUUCCUUCUUUCUGUGACGAGCAUCAUCAGAGCGAGGUAA